UUUAAAGACACGAAAUGCAACAUUGCGACCACUGUACAGAUAACCCGCUCGAACCGUCAAAACUAGUACCUAAGAUAGCACUGGGAACGCAAGUGCUAAAACGCACUAAGAAUAGACGCGAAGUCCUUCAAGCUGUCACGUCGGGGCCACCGAAGGACGAGACACGAAGUCCCAACACAAAGGCGAGCACACCAGAUCGUGAGAGGUGACUGAGGCACGAGGCCUCCGAGGCUAGCGACCGAAGUCACUAGGGAAAGAGACCGAAGUCUCUAAGGGGUUCAAAAAAUUUGGGGCAAAUAUACCCAAUAUCGAGGUGGUGCAGAAGCCCCAAAACCUCUUGCUCCACGCAGGCGGGAUGUGAGUCCGCACCAACGCUGAAGCACGACCGGGCCAGUAAAAGCGCCGCGGUCGUUGGCGAGACUGGAGACGACAGCGCCGGAGUCGACUCUAGAGUCGGUGGUUGCCAGAGCUAAUCGCCAGAGAGCUGCCAGAGAGAGUCGCCUUGGCAGUCGCCGGAGGAGGUAACUGCCAAAGAGUCGCCGCAGUCGGUCGCCAGAGUAAGUCGUUGGUGGGAGGAAAACGUUAUCGAGAUAGAAGUCGAAAGCACCAUACGACUGAUGUUGUUGAACGUACAAAUGCCAUGGUGUUGAGAAGUCGUUGCGACUACCGGCGUUGGGACCGAGGGGCGGCUGUCGAGAAUCAGCGCCAGCAGAGAAAUUGGUGACGAGCAGACAUAGACAUCGCAGCGGAGAGCACGACUAGAGCAUUUUUUUCCGCAGCAAGCAGCGCCUCUCGCGGGCUCUUGUGCUGCUGGUCCCAAUCGGAUCAAGACAGGCCACUAGUGACUAGUGUUUCGUUUUUGCCUUAUGAGAGGCGGAGCCAACCGAAUGGCGGUUGAACGGUUAGAGGUCAUCGUAAGAAUGUUCUAGUAGCCCGUGCACAUAGCAGUCGCCGAGCAUGGGUCCGCGUCGUGAGCAGCGUCGGUCAGCGCCGCGGCCGACGUUUCCUACACUAGCCACGGCCUUGAAUACGUGGGCAUCAUGCAGGCCACUCAGCACGCGCGGGCAUUUUUCCAAACUCCAGCCAAUGCUAGCGCGCAACUGCGACACUGGAAGGGCCUGCCGACAGCACGACGGGUGAAGAGAAAAUCAUAGCCGUGGAGAGGAGGUGGCUGAGAGGAGAGAGGAGAGAGAAG